GGCAGCUGGAGUGAAAUGUCCAGCAUGAAUCCCGAAUAUGAUUAUUUAUUCAAGUUACUUCUGAUUGGUGACUCUGGGGUUGGAAAGUCUUGCCUCCUCCUUAGGUUUGCAGAUGAUACAUAUACAGAAAGCUACAUCAGCACAAUUGGUGUGGAUUUCAAAAUAAGAACUAUAGAAUUAGAUGGCAAAACAAUCAAGCUUCAAAUAUGGGACACAGCAGGCCAAGAAAGAUUUCGAACAAUCACCUCCAGCUAUUACAGAGGAGCCCAUGGCAUCAUAGUAGUGUAUGAUGUGACAGAUCAGGAGUCGUUCAAUAAUGUUAAACAGUGGCUUCAAGAAAUAGACCGUUAUGCCAGUGAGAAUGUCAACAAGUUGUUGGUGGGGAACAAGUGUGAUCUGACCACAAAGAAAGUAGUAGACUACACAACAGCAAAGGAAUUUGCUGAUUCCCUUGGAAUCCCAUUUUUGGAAACCAGUGCUAAGAAUGCAACGAAUGUAGAACAGUCUUUCAUGAUGAUGGCAGCAGAGAUUAAAAAGCGAAUGGGCCCUGGAGCAACAGCUGGCGGUGCAGAGAAGUCCAAUGUUAAAAUUCAGAGCACUCCAGUAAAGCAGUCAGGUGGAGGUUGCUGCUAAAAAUUGCCUCCAUCCUUUUCUCACAGCAAUGAAUUCACAAUCUGAACCCAAGUGAAAAAACAAAUUGCCUGAACUGUACUGUAUGUAGCUGCACUACAACAGAUUCUUACUGUCUCCACAAAGGUCAGAGAUUGUAAAUGGUCAAUACUGACUUUUUUUUCAUUCCCUUGACUCAAGACAGCUAACUUCAUUUUCAGAACUGUUUUAAACCUUUGUGUGCUGGUUUAUAAAAUAAUGUGUGUAAUCCUGUUGCUUUCCUGAUACCAGACUGUUUCCCGUGGUUGGUUAGAAUAUAUUUUGUUUUGAUGUUUAUAUUGGCAUGUUUAGAUGUCAGGUUUAGUCUUCUGAAGAUGAAGUUCAGCCAUUUUGUAUCAAACAGCACAACCAGUGUCUGUCACUUUCCAUGCAUAAAGUUUAGUGAGAUGUUA